UUCUAUGUAGGUCGAUCAUCUGGCGCGCUGCAACGUGAAUUUCAUCAUCUUUCGCUAUCCGUCGGCUGGAAGGGAUAAAGUGGUUCAAAGCUUCACCCUACCUGCGGUGCUAUCCCCACGUGGACACUAUUCGCCGGCAACAAACGGAACGUGCAAUUGAUCAGGAUGAGCGGUAAGGUUCCAUCGUUCGACGAGACCCACUCGGAUAAACUUGCCCGCAAGGCCCGGGAGUCCCCUUUCAUGCCGAUCGGUAUAGCCGGACUGGUGGCGGUGUGUGCGAUCGGUGCAUACAAGUACAAGCACCGAGGGGCUAUGUCCACGUCCGUGUUCCUGAUGCAGCUGCGAGUGGCCGCCCAAGGCACGGUGGUCGCCGCCCUAUCUAUAGGUCUCGGCUACACGAUGGCCAACGAAUACAUCUUCAACAAAAAAGACGACUAACAAGGAGGCUUUUAGGAUACUCAAAGAAGUGUAAAUAAGUAUUAAUGAAUAGAGCAAGACACUAUUUAUUCUCCGUUGAGUCCCCACCAGGCCAAAAUCAAUCCCUUUAUAUUAAACUUAACGCAUCCCCUCCCAAAAAAUUAACGACGCCUACUAUUUUCUAGUGCAAGGCACAAGAGAACACUGUGAUUGAUAAGAAGUUAUCGCGAUGACAAACGAUGCGCAAACGUACGAAUUGGGUGAAUGCGUAAGAUUCGUGAAUCGGUUCGCACUUGGAUGCACUUGGAUUGGUUUAUCUCAUUUAGUGUAUACUGAAAAGAUUAUCUAUCAGUGUUACAUUCUUCUAAUUAUGAUAGGUAGCCUCAAUCUCCCUAUCUUUCGGACUAGUUUACUCAAAAAUUGAAGCAAAAAUAUCAACAAUAGUUUUUAGUUAUGGCAUUAUUGGAAUGAAGUGGUAUAGUUAAAAUGAAUGCUUAAUACAGAAACGAAUAUAAACGUGUAUUGUACCAAGUGCAUAAAA